AUGGCAUUCUUUGCGAGCACCAACUACAACUCAGCCAAGUAUGUCGCGUUCCGGCCGGCCUACCCGCCAGCCAUCUUCGAGACCACCCUCGGAUUUCACACUGGCAGCUUCGACGUGCUGCUGGACCUUGGCUGUGGCCACGCACCUGUCGCCCAUGCUCUAGCCGGCCAUUUCCAACUGGUGCACGCCGUUGACCCGUCGGCCUCGAUGCUGGAAACGGCGAAGCAGUUAGCCGGCAAUGUUAGUUCGGCUUCAGGAGCGACAAUUUCCUUCCACCAGGGCUCGGCCGAGAGUCUGCCGUUCUUGGGCGACGCCAGCAUCGACCUGCUCAUCGCGGCCGCGGCCGCCCAUUGGUUUGACUUUGACCGCGUCUGGCCAGAACUGGCGCGUGUCGUCCGGCCCGGUGGCACGCUUGCCUUCUGGGUCUACAAGGAGGGAGUGCUGCCGCAUCAUCCGGCGGCCAACCAGAUCGUGGCCGAGCACUGCUUUGGGACGAGAAGCGAUGAGGAAGGUGACGCCCAACUCCGGGACAACACCAUGGGCGACCUCUUCCAGCAGCCUGGCCGCAGCUACAUGAAGGAGCUGAUGCGAUCGGUCGUGCUGCCGUCGGCUGACUGGACCGACGAGACGCGCAUCGUGUACGAGCCAGAGUCAAACGGCCCCGGAAACAACCUGUCGACGCUCGGGGUCCGGCCUCUGUUGUUCAAGACUAUGCGACUCGGCGACUAUGCCCAGUAUGUCCGCACGCUCAGCGCGUACCGUGGCUGGGCCGACAGACACCCCCAGCGCAAGCAGCGCGCUGACGGUGGCUCUGGUGACUUUGUUGAUGUGAUGAUGGACCGUGCCGUGGCGGCCGAGCCAGCCUGGACGGCGGCUGGCGAGAGCUGGCCUGACCUGGAGGUUGAGGUUGAAUGGGGCUCGGUGAUCCUGCUGGCGCGGCGUCGAAGUGUGAUUACAUAA